GUUCUACGGUGCGGGCAAAAUGCACGCUUCGCUGCAUCCACAUCACGAACAGCAAGACCUCAAUGCUGUUGUUGUUUUAAAUUGAAGAGAUCCGAACUGUGUACACGUUUGUGAAUUGAAAUGGUCUGUUUUCAAGGGAAUCAUAACUUUUUGUUUGGUUAAUCGCUCAAUUGUGUUCAACAUCACGCUCAAAUUCUAGAACCAAAACUAAGAACGGAAACAGACUGAAUUGCAAAAACUGGAAAUCGAAUUGAAAUUAACUGUGUUUUUAAGUGCAAAGUGGAAAUUGUCUCAUUGAAGAAAAGCAAAAGUGCUGAAACUCAAGUUGCCCCAAACAAACAAACAUUCAAAACUAUCCCGGGAGCAAAAUUGUGUGUAUUUUAUUUGCAUCCAAACAGUUCUCUUAAAGUGACUGUUUUAUCAUCGUUGCCAUCCUCAUUCCCGAAACAACCGCGCCGAAAUCUAAGGAUUUUGGCAAUAUCACCAUAUGGAUGCAAAACUACUAUAUAGUCAACAUUUCGGCGAUGCUCAUCUUAUGGAAUUUAUGCUUUGAAUGGAUUUAGCAGUUAUAUUGGUGCGCAAUUUUUUCUCUCUCGAUCUGUGUCUCUCUAUCUCCCCCUUCUACACAUACAUACACAAACACACACACACAUGAAGAUGCUCUUUCGCGCCCUCAAGAAUAUAACAUUGUGAAUGGCGGAGGCAGUGUACGUUGAUUUCAACUGCAAACAAAUAGAAUGUUUUGUCGUAUUUCAUCUCGUGUCGAAAUCAGCAUCAACCGCAUUAUUCGCACCAGACGAGCAAAAACGGUUUUAUGAAAAUCUAUUUUCCGACUAAAGCCAGAAAUAAAUUUUAAGCAAACAUUCCAACUCAAUACAUAACAACUCUCGCGAUUUCUAUAUUCGCUGUUUAUUCCCGCUGCUUAUCGUUUUGGAGAGCGCUUUGAUCUUGCUGUACCAUUCUUCUCUCUCUCACACACACACACACACACUGCUUUUUGUGUUCCGUUUUUGCUCACAAUCUAUGUGCAUAAUAAUAGUACGGAACCAUUCGCGCGCGCACAUACGCAUAUCGAACUAGUUGUGGUGAAAGUCAACAAUAGCAUCGGAGAAAAAAUAGAAACGGCAGUGGCAGCAGUAGCAGCAAACAAAAAAUGAAAGUGGCCAGAUUAAAAAUGGUGAUGAAUGCGUAUUCCGCAUUUGAUUAAAAAAAGGCAGCCGAAAAGAAGAAAAGCGUGAGAGGGGCACAUAUCUGCCGGUCAAAUGGACAAUGUGCGUUUGGUUGAAUGCUAAAGAUCAAUACAUAUACACAUCAACUCAAAGCUUGAAGUUUGGAGGAUGAUUGGUUAGUGCGGGGGUGUGCGCAAUUCAUUGGGGGUUAAAAUUGCUUUUGCUUUCGUUUCUGAAAACGUCUGUUAAUCGCGAAUCCCAAUGAACAAACAAUCAUACGAUAUAUCACGUCAAUAGCAUGAAGAAGAACUAAAUUGAAUGACCAACAGCAGCAACAGAAAAAAAUGCAUGCAAAAUUCGCACAUGAACAAUCAAACAAAAAAACAAUAGCAACAACAAAACACGAAAUGAAUCGAUAAAGUGAACAAACGAUCGCAAAUCAAAUGAAAAAAUAAUACAAACACUGAUAUAUAUUUUUUUUCGGCAGAAACAGCAGACAAAAAGCAAAUAGACAAAAAAAAAAACGAAUAAAAAGAUGCUCUCGAUGUAAAUAUCAAUCGGAAAAUAUAGAGUGAAGAAGAAUAAGAGAAAUCAGUGACAAAUAAUUGUUCGACAGCAGAGGAAAAAAUAAAGAAGAGAAGAAGAAGAUAAUAAAAAUAAUAAAGAAUAGAGAAAAGAGAGUCAACACAUAAAUUGAACAGUGCUUACAGUGUAUUAUUGUGUGUGCAUCUGCUGUGUUCGUGUGUCGAAAUGUUCGCAAUGUAUGGAAAAUUCCAGUUGAUGGUGCUGUUUAUAUUCUUCCUAACGCUGUCAUCGAUUCAAAUAGCUACAGCACAAUUGGCCUGGUCAUCGAUAAUCGUCGAUUCAGAGAGUCAAGUUGAUUUAUGGACGAAGAAAACGAGUGGAUGUGCAUGCGAAUGGGAAAACCAUUCACAUUAUGGUGGCAGUGCACUACUGACCAACGCGUCACACAUUGAUGCAGGGAAUGCAGUAAAUGCGUCCUCACACCACACACCUGCAACGGUGAACAGCCACAAUUGCGCCUGCUGUGUAAAAGGCGGAUGCCAGUGUGGUUCCACUUCGCCAGCAAGAUGCGGACAGUGUGGCUUAGAACAAUACUGUGUCAAUAUGUGCAACAUAACGAUUGAUUCGCGUGCUUUACAAAAUACAUCGGGCUGUGCAUUCGGACAAAUCAAAUCGCCAACGGUCCAAGGUCCAACAUUGUGUAAAUAUUUGCUGCGUCCAGCGCCGGGUCAGAGAGUUGAAUUGCAAGUGUAUCGUCUGGUCGAAACUGGCCGAUUUAAUGGAAAACAAUGCGAAGGUGGAUCGUUGCGUUUUGGAAUGGAUAACAAUUUGUUGCCACGAUCGGUCGAUAUUGAUUCAUUGAGUUCGCCCAGCGCUGAAUUGUGCGGUUCAAAUGAACGUUAUUCACCGCCAGCCGUUUUAUUUUCGGACGAAGGAGCAACAACGUUGAUAUUCAACAUCACUGAGCAGACGAGUCGUUCGCAGUUCUUGGCCUAUUUCAGUUUUACAGCGCUCAGCAAUCCAUUGGUUGGCUUCCAUCCGAAAGGUGGAACACGUGUCACAUCGACCGAAUGCGAUUGGACGUAUAACGAUUAUGCAUGUCAACAGGAUAAUUCGUGCGCUAUUGCCAGUCCAGGUUUCCCUGGUAUCUAUCCGCCGAAUAUCAUUUGUCGAUACCUUAUCGCCACUUCGUCAGCCCAUACACGCGUAAAAAUCACAUUCACAUCACUUUUGCUGCCCGAAGGGCAUUGCGAUACGCAUUUUAUCGCGUUGUAUGAUGGUUCGGUGCCGAAUGAUAAGAAAUUGGCAACGGUUUGUGGUUCGAAAAAACAAGAGCUCGUAUUUCAAGGGCCCUAUUUAUUGCUGGAAUUCAAUGCUGGCUAUCAAGUACCACCAUUUGAUUACAAUGGGUUUGCGGCUAAUUUGGAAUUUAUUGAGGGACAAGGUACAACUGUGCCACCUCCACAAACCGUUGCACCCUCGCGCAAUAAUAAUCACAGUGGUGGUAAUCAUCAUAGGCACGGUGGUGCUGGUGCUGGUGGUGGUGGUGGUGGUGGUGGUGCUGCCGUUGCCACUGCCGUCGAUGUCGAUUGGACGCCAGCGCCGCCGAAAUUUUCACCCUGCGAUAAAAUCAUCAUCGAAGCCAAUGGACGCUCUGGACAUUUUGAUACGCGCGGAAGACCAUUUGCACCGAAUUGCCGAUUAAUUUUCAAAGGAAAACCGACGGAUGUUGUGCACAUUUCACUGUUCAACUACCGAUUGAAAGCCCAAUCAUGCCGAUCAGUUAUCGAAAUUAUUGAUGGUGCCCUUGAGUCAGCGUCGUCGAGUGUGAGCAACCAAAAGAAAUCACUGCAUAAAAUGUGCUCACCCAUCAUACGGCAUGCUCGUGAUCAAGAUGGCAAUUUUGUACCACCGCAAACAUUUGUCUCAACCGGUUCACAAAUCAUGAUUGCUCUGCGACGAUUUCAUGGCUCACCGGCUGGGUCGGGUGCUUCAUCCGCCAACUACGAUCAUAACGAUGAAUUCAUUGAUGGAGCCUACAUGUUUCAUGACGAAGAACAAAGUGGAACGCUACAGCCAUCAUCCUUGUGCGACACAGACCAUUAUGGCAUGAGUAGUCCAGUGUUUGGUGCAAUCAAUGGACCCGGGUCAGAGCAUCUGUUUUGGAAUAUCGAAGGUGUUCUCACGUGCACACAUAACUUUGUACCAGCUGCUAAUCAGAGUGUAACUGUAUCGAUCGAUUCAUUGGAGCGCCUUGGAAGUGAGCCGCAUUGUGAAACGGUGUGCGGUGAUGCUGGUUGCCAGUGCUUGACAAAUAUGUAUCCAUUGGAUCAAGUUGAUCAUUUAACUAUGAUAUCGGAAGAUGGACAGUCGGUCAACUGCUUUUGCGGUGCUUUCCGUGCAGAAUGGCUGCCCGUUAGUUUACGCACAUGGACUCCGCUCAAGCUUGUGUACUCAAUACCACAUUACUCAUGGAGUACAAAGGGAUUUUCAUUUAAAUCAUCGUAUAGCUUUAACAAUGACGCACUUUGCGGCAGCAAAACAUUUACCACACAUUCAGGUGAACUGUCGUCCAACAACUUUUUCAACAAUUCGACGACUGUAUUUUCGUUGAACUCGUUCUACCAUCAACAAUGCACAUGGAUCCUAGACUCAAAAGUUGAUCGUCAAUUAUUCAUUGAGAUUUUGUCGGAGCAAAGUCGAUCGUGUUCCGCUUGGAAUAUUUCAAUUCAUGAGUUUUCGGCAUUGGAAGAAAGUUUAAACCAUGCCGGUCCACAAAUACAUUUGUUCUGUCCACGCGAUAAACACAAAGUAUUCACAAUGCCAUGGAAGCUGUCCACGGUCGUUGUUCGUGUACAAGCAAUGACACGAACGCCGCCACAGUACACAGUCCGAUGGUCAUCACAAAUUUCGCGGUUAAACAAUCGUCUUGGUCCGCCGACGCCAGUUCCAAAUUUGUCUAGCUCUGCAUCACCGACGUCAAUGAAUAUAUUUAAGGAUCUCUAUUCAAAUUUAUACCGAAACGAUAAUAGUCAUUGUUUUAGCACUAGACAUACGAAUAAUAAUAAUAAUAAUUAUAUUUAUAGUUAUAACAGUAGUUAUGUAAUGAGCAUAGAGAAUUGUAAUCAGUAUAAGUCAUUAACGAAUCGAUUAGACGGAUACGGUGGAGAGAAUGCAUUGCCACUGCUUCUAUCGAUAAUCACCGGCAACAAGCUUAGUUGUUUGUUCAUUGUUUUGUGGAUGUACAACUUCCUUGCUGAGUUCACAAUACAAUCGCCUCGUUUGGAAUUCAAUUGAACCAAAUAAAGUGCCGACUCUUGUGAAAAUUGAUAUCCACUUCGGCAGCUCAUCUGCUCUUGCCGAUGUGAUUGAAUGUAUUAUAAAAUUCAUAUAGACAGAUUUUUCUUCAGAAUAACUACUAUUUGAUUGUAUCGAUUCGUCUUGCAUCAUCAUCAUCAUCGCACAGUCACACACAACGAUGGAUGACAUGCCAUUGCACCCGAACGAAAGGAGUUUCAAGGAAAAUUGAAUUCCAACGGAAAAUUAGAUUCCAAUAAAAAGAAUCAUACAAAUCA